AUGGCAACAAGAAAUAAAAGCAAUUAUGAAGAGACUGAAAAGGGUUUUGGGAGCAGGAAAAGAGAGAAGUGGAAGGAGAAGAAAGGUUAUUCUAUGAAAGAAAAGAUGGGAGAGGAAGGUGGCGAGUUUAAACAAUUUCGUAGAUUGGAUCCUGAGGCAUUGAAGAAAAUGGGAAACGAGGCAUACAAAAAGGGAAGGCCGUGUUAUGGAAGCCAGUGCAAAGAAGCGAUUCAGAAUGAUCCUACUUAUUGCAGAGCUCAUCACCGUUUGGCAACAAUUUAUCUCAGAUUGGGAGAAGCAAAGCAAGCAUUGGAUCAUUGCAAAAAUGCUUGCCAGCAUGCCAACUCCGACGACAAUGUUAUAGCUCAGCCUCUCUAUCAAUGCCUUAAAAGAUGCAUAGAUGCUCGAAAAUCGAAUGAAUAUAGUCUACUUCAACGACAAUCAAUGCCUCUGGAGUUGAUUCUGCACCCGAAGUUCUUCUUUUUCUUUACCGUUUAUGCUCUUCAGACAGAGGCCUUUCGGAAGCUCCAUAGGCAUCAAGAAGCCUAUACAUCCCACAGCAAAGGACCGAAUUUUGCCAUUGAAUCUUGUAUCAAUUUCUUCGGUAUGGCCGUUAGUGCUUAUCUUUUAAUGAUCAAAGCACUGGUCUACAUGGUUUCUGGCAGGCUAGAUGAAGCUGUAUCAGCAGCUCAGCAUGUAUCGAGACAUGAUCCAAGCAACAAGGAAAUAUCCCUAGUGGUAAAACAGACAAGAACAGCAUCGUCAGCUUGA